UGCCUUCAUGAGCGGCAUUGUCACUCGCAACUUCCCCAAAGAAGUGUUCAACUUUUAUUUUUUGUGACAGCAAAUGUUCUUGUUUGGGGAAAUUGGGAACAGAGAAAAAAGGUUGUUCUUCUGUGCCGGAUGUUGAAUGACUUUUCGGAAGGCGCAGUUUAUAUGCAGGAUCUAGUAAAGAAAGCAGAAAUUGUGAAGGAAGUGCAGAGCAUUGUCCUGAAUAACGAGAAAUCAAAGGAUGACAUAAGGGAUUGUGGCGGUGUUCAGGCGCUUUGUCGCCUGCUGAGUCUAAGCAGAGAUCCAUUGGUUCUUCAGCAUAUUCUAGCAAGUCUUGCAUCUCUUUCAUUUGAUAACGCAAGUAACUGCGACGAAGUAACAAGCCAAGGUGGACUUCAAACAAUGUGCUAUUUGCUAGGAAAGACGAAAGACAGCAUUAUCCAAGAAAGCAUAGCUUGGGCUUUGAAGAACCUGGGAACCACAGAAAGAAAUCAAAAUGAGGCAAGAACUCGAGGAGGGCUCCAGGCUUUUUGUGAACUUUUAAGAACCACCAUGGAUGACAAAGUCUUGGAGAGAGUGACGUGGGCUAUUGGAUCUCUUGUAGAUGACAACACCAGAAACUGUCAAGCCGUGCGGGAUUGUGGUGGCCUGAAAACGAUGUGUGAAUUGGUCACAGUGACUUACAGCGAAAAUGUUCUAGAGCGCACGAUGUGGGCGCUAGGAAACUUAGCUAUCGACAAUAAGAAUCGCAAUUUCAUUCGACAAUAUGGAGGCCUUGAGAACAUUUGCAAAAAGUUGCAAGAAUCAACCUCACAGCAGAUCAUAAAGCAAGGUGCCCUGACGCUUAAAACUCUGGCGAGUAGUAAUCAACACAAUAAGGAUGUUAUGGUCAGACUGGGAGUGAUUGGUACACUUCGAAGUUUAAUGACAAAUGAGCAGCAAACUUUAGGUAUCAUUCCUCGCGGUGUGUGUGGCGAUCUACUGCAGCGUUUUCUUGGCUCAGCAGCUGGAAACAUCCAUACAACAAGCUCGACCACUACAGCACCUGACGAUAGAACCAAGGAAUGUGCGAUCGCUUCUGGCAUAAUCGUAAAGCAAGAACCUGAGACGAGAUCAGUCAAUGGUCUGGUGCAGAAUGGUGAUAUUGACAGUGAAGAUGACGAUGACUUAUCCCCUCUGGGUGGGGAGGACAGUAACGAGAAAAAUGAGAGAAUUCCGUUUGCGAUGAUCACACCAGCUCCAAAUACUUCUGAGAACCUUUCCCCGAGGGAAAAUUUCUCUCGGCCGGAGACGACAGGAAAUGCUGCGGCUAGGUCUACUGUAAGCGUUGGGCCUCGUGCAGAAGAGAAUGAUUUAGACCCAUUUAGCGUGCAUCCGAAAACAGUGUGGUCACAAACGAGAGAACUGGUGCGAGUUUGUGUGAAGCUGCGUGGAGUGGAGAGACAGCAGACCGAGAUAACUGCGAGCAGGCUCAAGUUUAGUACACAGCUAAGACACGUAGUUUAUGAACUGGACAUGGAGCUAUUAGAGGAGAUUGAUCCUGAGCAAAGUACUGUAAUUGUCAAGGGCUCGGAGGUACAAAUUUUACUCAAGAAAAGAAACCAUGCCGUGUGGACGCGGUUGUUGAAGAGCAAAGAAAAGUUGCCUUACGUCUCCAUUGACUUUGAUCGUUGGGAAGUAUGGUCGUCAUCGGAGGAGGACGAAGCCGAAGAUGAUGCAAACUUCCGAGCAGCGCCAACGAACCCGGACCAUUCCCAUCACACCUCAGAGGAUAGUAGAGAAGGAAGGAAACUGGUAUUAUUGCCUGAAAUGCUUGUCAGUGGUUCGGAGUCCGAUACUGAUGAAACCUUGCCAUCUGAUGUGGAUUGCUUAAAAUUCUAUUAGCCAAAACACUGAGAAAAAAUGUGUUAUCGUUGAAAUGUAACAGUUUUUUGACAGGUGAUCAACUCUUUCAAGAAAUGGAUUAACCAAGAACGUCACAUGACUAGUCGCUAGUAUUUGUUAUGUUAUAUGAAAGAAAGUCAAGUUAAAUAUUGAAAUCGAAGUGAAAGUUUUCUUUAUUUAGAUAGCAUUAUUUACGGUAAUUUAUUACAUUGUUUUUACAUUUUCUAACAUCUAAUAAAGCUCUAAU